AUGCCAUCAACGACCAUCUCUUCAUCAGCCAAUGAAUGGGCUAUAGCAGAAAGAGAAUUGGCUCAAGAACAACAACUUCAAGAAAAAGUCAUCAAUGAAGAAUUUAAAAUUUGGAAAAAAACCGUUCCUUUAUUAUAUGAUUUUAUUCAUACAUUUGCUUUAAAUUAUCCAUCAACUGUUUUCCAAUGGUUACCAACUUAUAAUAAGAUAGAUGAUGAUAAUGUAGAAGUUAAGUUUGUUCACAGUAAUAAUUCAAUAAAUAAAAUUGAAAAUAGUUUAAAUGUAGCUUCAAUUACAUUACCUUCUUCAAUAAUUCAAUCUAUUGAUUUAACAAUACCAUCAGAUGGAAUAAAUACUUCAAAUUUCAAUAUAAUUAAUAAAUGGAAACAAACUACGGAAGUUAAUACUUUAAAAUUAUCUCCAGAUGGGAAUUCAAUAUUGUCUUUUAAUAGAGAUGGAAUAAUACAUAGUUAUAAUUUUGAUAAUGAUAAUGUUUUAGAUUAUAAAUAUCAUAAACAAAAUGGACAUGCAUUAAAUUGGAUAGAUAAUGAUAGAUUUUUAUCAGGUUCAAAUGAUUCUCAAAUUGCUUUAUGGCAAAGAAAUAAACCUUCAACUCCAAUACAAUUAUUUAAAACUCAUUAUGGAGCAAUUAAUGAUUUAUCAUCAAGUGAUUUAAAUAUUUUUGGUUCAGUAAGUGAUGAUUCAACUACUCAAUUUUUUGAUUUAAGAUCUUCGAAUGAUAUUAAUCCUAUAAUUAAAAUUGAAAAUAAAUUUAUUCAAAAUUGUAUUAAAUUUCAUCCAAAUGUUAAAAAUUUUUAUGCUACUGGUGGUAAAGAUAAUGUUAUAAAUUUAUAUGAUUUAAGAAAUUAUAAAACUCCAUUUCGUAAAUUAUUUGGUCAUAAUGAUUCAAUAAAACAAAUAGAAUGGGAUUGGAGUAAUCCUUCAAUCUUAGUUUCUUCUGGAUUUGAUUCAAGAAUUAUUUUUUGGAAUUUAGAUAAUUUAGAUGAAGAUUUUACAUACCCUGAUACUUCAGCAAAUAAUACUUCGAUUAAUUCUCAAACUAGUAAUUUAACUGAAUCAACAAGAAGAAGAAACCAACAACAACAAGUAAAUAAAGUUGAUCCUUGUUUAAAAUAUAUUCAUGGUGGUCAUGUAAGUAGUAUUAAUGAUUUUGCAAUUCAUCCAAAAUUGAAAAAUUUAUUUGCAAGUGUUGGUGAUGAUAAAUUAUUGGAAAUUUGGAAACCUAAAACUUUAAAUACUGAAAAUGAAGGGGAAGAUGAUGAAGAUGAUGAACAACAAGAAGAAGUAGAAGUGGGAGAAACAAAAGUGGAUGAAAAAGUUGAUGAAGAUGAUGAUGAUGAAGAAAAAGAAGAAGAAGUAGAAGAAGAGGACGAUAUAGAGGAAGAUAAAGAUGAAGAGGUGGAAGAAGAUGGUCAAGCACAAGAAGAAGAUGUGAAUCUAGAUGAAGAAGUAGGAACAGAGACCAAGGAAGAUGAUGAUAAAGUUGAAGAAGUGGCCAAAGAUGUAGUGGAAGAGCCAAAAGAUGAAGAUGUAGAAAUGGAAGAACGAAAAGUUGACACUGACGCAAACUCGGUGGAGAAAGAAGAUAUAGGAGAUGAAACAAGACCUGAAACUGUGGAAACUAGUAAAAAAGAUAUUGAGAUGAAAGAGGAUUGGUAA